GCCUUGAAUGUGUAAAGUUACUCGACAUGCCUUGUUCAAGUGUAGAAGAAUCUUCCAAGAAGCCAUCUUGGCUUUCUGAGCAGUACGUGGAAGAUGCGCUUCGAAAAUAUACCAAAGAUAGUUCCAUUGCAAUUGUGAAGCUAGAAAUAGUUCCGGCAUCUUCGAAAGGUGAUAAUUAUUGUGGUGUUAUGACGAGAAUUCGUGUUCAGUUUACAAGUGACAAAUGCAAAGGUAUUCAGUCGGGAAGUUAUAUCUUAAAGUCCAUAUUCGAGGAUGAAGCUGAUAUCAUCACAGCCAACGUGAUAGAGGGAUACAACGUCUAUAGCCAUGAGAUGGAAAUAUACGGGACAAUAUUCCCAAAGUACAGGAAAAUUCUAGAAAAUAUUGGCUACACUGAGAACCUGGCACCAAGAACUGUAAACCUAGAUUAUGAACAUAAAUGCAUCUUUUUCGAGGACCUAAAUGCGCUCGGCUUCCAAAUGCCUGAUAUAAAAAAAGGUUUCGACACAGAACAUGCUAAAAUGGUUUUAGCGAAGUUGGCUAAAAUGCACGCAGCAUCAGUUCUGCUGGAUGAAGAAAAUCCUAAAAUAUGUCGAAAGUUCGAUCGAGGCCUUUUUAAUAAACAUUAUCAAGGACUUGCCCCAUUUUUUGCCGGAAACUUUGAAGUAUGUGCUCGAAUGGUUCGUGGUUGGAAAGGGUAUGAAGUGUAUGGUGAAAAACUAAUGAAACUUGUGCCGAAAUUUAUGGAGUAUGGAGCGAAGGCUAUGGAGCCGAAAAAACAUUAUUUGAAUGUUUUAACGCAUGGAGAUUUAUGGUGCAAUAAUACAAUGUUCAAAUACAAUGACAAAGGAGAGCCUGUUGAUGUUCUUCUUUUGGACUUCCAAUUUAGUUGCUGGGCAUCCCCUACUAUCGAUUUGCAUUACUUUCUGAAUACUUCUCUGGUGGAGGACCUUCGGGUUAAUCACAUUGAAGAGUUUGUUCAUUUUUACUAUUUGAAUUUGCGGAAAACUUUGGAGGACUUAGGAUUUCACGGAAAGAUACCUACUCUUCAACAAUUUUGGAUGCAAUAUAUGGAGACAGUGUUCUAUGCCCUUUUUACGUUAAUAAUUCCACAACCUGUAAUGCUCAAUGAACAAGUAGAAGAUGCAUCAUUCAAUUGUUUAUUAGAGGAGAAUACAGAAAGGUCCAUGAAUCUUCGUAAUGCUAUAUAUGGAAAUCCAAAGGUCCAGGACAAUCUACGAAGAAUACUACCAGUUUUUGAUAGACGAGGUAUAUUGGAUCUACAGGAUUGGCAUCUGAGUUUAAUUUGUCGAGUUGCCUUGACCGUGAAAAGUUACUCGAAUAUGCCUUGUUCAAGUGUCGAAGAAUCUCCUAAUAAACCAUCCUGGCUUUCUGAGCGGUACGUUCAAGAUGCGCUCCGUAAAUAUAGCAAAGACAGUUCCCUCGAAAUAGUGAAAUUAGAAAUAGUUCCGGCGUCUUCGAAAGGUGAUAAUUAUUGUAGUGUUAUGACGAGAAUUCGUGUUCAGUUUACAAGUGACAAAUGCAAAGGUAUUCAGUCGGGAAGUUAUAUCUUAAAGUCCGUAUUCGAGGAUGAAGCUGAUAUUAUCACAGCCAACGUGAUAGAGGGAUACAACGUCUAUAGCCAUGAGAUGGAAAUAUACGGGACAAUAUUCCCAAAGUACAGGGAAAUUCUAGAAAAUAUUGGCUAUACUGAGGACCUGGCACCAAGAGCUGUAAACCUAGAUUAUGAACAUAAAUGCAUCUUUUUCGAGGACCUAAAUGCGCUCGGCUUCCAAAUGCCUGAUAUAAAAAAAGGUUUCGACACAGAACAUGCUAAAAUGAUUUUAGCGAAGUUGGCUAAAAUGCAUGCAGCAUCAGUUCUGUUGGAUGAAGAAAAUCCUAAAAUAUGUCGAAAGUUCGAUCGAGGCUUUUUAAAUAAACAUUAUCAAGGACUUGCCCCAUUUUUUGCCGGAAACUUUGAAGUAUGUGCUCGAAUGGUACGUGGUUGGGAAGGGUAUGAAGUGUAUGGUGAAAAACUAUUGAAACUUGUGCCAAAAUUUAUGGAGUAUGGGGCGCAGGCUAUGGAGCCGAGAAAACAUUAUUUGAAUGUUUUAACGCAUGGAGAUUUAUGGUGCAAUAAUACAAUGUUAAAAUACAAUGACAAAGAAGAGCCUGUUGAUGUUCUUCUUUUGGACUUCCAAUUUAGUUGCUGGGCAUCCCCUACUAUCGACCUGCAUUACUUUCUGAAUACUUCUCUGGUGGAGGACCUUCGGGUUAAUCACAUUGAAGAGUUCGUUCAUUUUUACUAUUUGAAUUUGCGGAAAACUUUGGAGGAUUUAGGAUUCCACGGAAAGAUACCUACUCUUCAACAAUUUUGGAUGCAAUAUAUGGAGACAGCGUUCUAUGCCCUCUUUACGCUAAUAAUUCCACAACCUCUAAUGCUCAAUGAAAAGGUAGACGAUGCAUCAUUCAAUUGUUUAUUAGAGGAGAAUACAGAAAGGUCCAUGAAUCUUCGUAAUGCUAUAUAUGGAAAUCCAAAGGUCCAGGACAAUCUACGAAGAAUACUACCAGUUUUUGAUAGACGGGGCAUACUGGAUCUACAGGGUUGAAUAUAUAAUUAAUGGUCUAAUUAAUUUUGUUAGGUUUAUGUUAGUUAAUUCAAAUAAAGACAGAAAAAAUAAAAAUGCCUUUUAUAUGUUUUC